GCUGUUGCUAUGUUCAGGGAUAUGUCUGCCUGGUUUUCAAGCAGUGUGCCACAGUCAUGUCAGACCUUUUGGAUAUCGGAGGGUGGGACCAUUGCUGACUGGAGAACAGCAGCUUUCCUUUUCAGUGAAGAUGCUACAUGUCCUGAUACUCUAAGGAUUUUCAUGAGCAAAGAUUAUCUUUGGAACAAGGUUGCAGUUUUCCACAGCUUGUUUCUGUCCGCCUGUGAGAAGCGCCAAAGUGUGAAGUCUGUGUGCAUCGGUCAUUAUGUGCUGCCUCCGACCUCAGUACAGGAGGAGGUGCGACAGGUGGUUGGGAGGUUGAUUUGGGAGUGUGAAGAUGAGCCAUCGAUGGAAAAGAGUUUCCAUAAGAGUUUUAGUUGCCAGUCAGAAGAUGAAUACAGUGAAGUCUGCAGAAGCAAUUCUGAACCGUCUGACACAGAUGUAUCAGAGAGUGAAGCCCCUCUUCAUGCUCAUUAUCCAGUUAGUAACACACUCUCAGGAUACGUCAGCAUUGACAACCUGCAGAAAUAUUCAGGUGAUGUGUAUGAUUUCCACCCCGGAUGUUUCAGAUGCUCCAACUGUAAAGCCCACUGCUGCCCAGCGCUGCCCGCUGCACACAUACGCAAAGCAGAGAAAAAACAUUAAACAAGAACAAGUAGCGGUUGUGCUAUUUACACUUUCUACAGUUUCAAACUGUUGAUAAUGUACUGUCAAUUUAGUUAUUCUGUUUAUUAAGUUUGCAUUGCCUACUUGUACUUGAGUAUGCAGUAUAGAUCUAUACACUGACAUACAAUACAUCUCUGUCACAUCAGUGUAAGAUCUGUUAAUCUCUUUUUCCCUCUAACAUAGUCUCUAUUUUGUCAUAUUUCCCCCAAAAAAGAACUAUUUGAAGAAGGCAAAUGGUUAAUAUGGGUCCACAUUUGCAAUUCCAUAAUUUCUGCUAAAUCUGUCUUACCGUUCAGUGUCUGGUGUGACAACAGGUUGAUUGCUUGAAUUGCCUCCGUUGGAGUUGCCAAAAUAAUUAAAUUACGUUUUCAACUAACAUGCUUUAAUUUGUUUUUCGUCAUAGCUUUA